AUGCAAAAGGCGGUCACCGCUACUACUGCACCCACACACAGUUUGUAUUUUGCACGCGAAUCAGGCUCAACAAAACCUAUUCCAGCUCGAGCUCCAUCAACGGGUGCACUUGGUUGGACCCAGAGUCCCCGUGAACACCAGAAUUUGAACACAGACUCAACAGCAGAUACUUGGAACGUUUCAUCCACGCAAGGCUCAUCACCGCCUCCUUCAUCCUACGUACACCGCCCAGCAUCGAUCCAAAAACCUUCAGCAAUGCCUGGUCGUAAGAACAUCAGUGACAUGGCAAAAACCGAAAUGUCUAGUCAUCCGUCGGAGCGUGUUCCCAACAACGCUCAACGAUGGCGGCUCAAUGGAUCGGGCCAGCUUGUGGAUCCAGAGGCAGCGUUCGAAUGGGAUCUCGCUCAGGAUAUUGCCAGGCUGAAGCUCGGCGUCGGCAAGCUUACGGACGACAUGCAGGGUAGACUGGAGACUGCAACUGUAGCGCCAUUCAAUGAUGCGAGUCCGCUGGAAACGGCCUCUGACGUCAGUCUUGAUUCCUCCCCCAAUACUUCUGAUCAUCAAAUAUCACCGUCCCAUUCUCGCGUGUCGUCCACUGACACACUGGAAUCCCAUGAAUCUGCUAUGUCUUCGGCCAGUCAUACCAUGCGCGGGCCGCCGCAGCUGAAGAUAGCGACGGGCAAUGAGGCGAAGGAGCGCCCUCAUUCCUUCAGUGGUGGACUAUCCACUGCCGAUUUGCGUCGUCUAAAGCAUGCAGGGGAGGAGCAUGUACAUUCGGUGCCUGCUCACCCUUGGUCGUCUGUUGCUUACAGAGACCGCGUUGGUGGCGGAGAAAAGCCUUUUUCGCCUGAGCAGCCCACGUAUCCGUCGCUGACCAAUGGAUCAUUUGGUCGUGGACAACAGCAAUUUGACUACCGUUCCGCGCAAAGUAAUGGCGACUUGCAGGGUGAUUAUUCCGCUCAGCGCUAUUUCCCCCAACCAUCUGCUCCCGGUGUCGCCGCACCGCAGCACUUCCUUCAAGGUCGCCCCACGAAUGGGAUUCAGUCUACCUAUCGCCAGCCUCAGCGAGGUUACCCCCCACAACCGUUAGUUCCAAGCCCAACGGGACUUGCCUAUGCUCCAGCACAUGUUCCUCACCUGUCUCUCGGUAACGCUCAGCAGCUUUAUGAUAUGGUUCUCCCUACAGGAGACAGUCAUCACCCGGCCGUUACUCGCGUGCAGCAACAGCACAACGUCUUCCGUGGUGCUCAUCAGCACUCCGCCUCGGACCCUUCCGCUCUACGAGAUGCUGCUACAUUGGCGCUUCUGAGCAACCAAGCGGUUUUCGCACAAGCUACUCAUGGCAUGUAUCCUCCCAUCCAUCCCGGCCUCUAUAGCCAGUUCUACGGUACUCCAGAAUCAUACUCUGCGGAUUUGGCUGUCGCAGCUAUGGCUAACCGUCUGCAAACCCAUUUCACCAGUCCGUAUGGCGCUUUACCAGCUCAAGGCCUAGGCGUGGACCACCCCGUGCCUGAGAGUCCCCUACAAAACAACGGUGGACCGAGUGCUAACAACCGCAAACUUGGUCUGUACAAGACCGAGUUAUGUAGGUCAUGGGAAGAGAAGGGUUCAUGUCGGUAUGGGGCAAAAUGCCAGUUUGCCCAUGGAGAGGAGGAGCUUCGGAAUGUCGCUCGUCACCCGAAGUACAAAACAGAAAUCUGCAGGACAUUCUGGGUGUCAGGCGCAUGCCCAUAUGGGAAACGCUGUUGCUUCAUCCAUACCGAACUCCCGGUCUCAGGCAUCGCACCAGGAGCUGACGGUGUUCCUCCGCCUUCGUCCACUGCAAGCAAUCGUGAGCGCUCCAACAGCGAUCCCAACGAAUCCUCCAUCUCCCUUCUGCAACGCAUCCAGCGUAAGGGUGACUCGACACCAGUGGAUGCAUCUCCGCCUUCCGGUAACUUCUUUAAUACUCGACCUCCCAUGGGCUCGCUGCGCGUCGACACGUCUGCUCUCAAUAAUAUUACGAAGCAGAACAAGUCAGCAUAUCCCACCUUUGCCAGCAAUGCCUUGAUGCUUUCAAGCUCCGAGCAAACACCCAUGAAGUCUCCAGUAGUUCCUCUGACAGCCGGUCCUGAUCUGGGGCGGCACACCAAUGCACGUCUGGAUAUCGUAGGAUAUAGCCAGCAACGUCUUAACAGGACGAGCGCCACGACACCCAAUGCCAGACACUCUUUCAAUGGAACAGAUGUAGAUCUUGAUUUUUCCUCGCCGUCGACACCUUCUGCCGCAAACCCCGCAUCGUCCUUUGCACUCUCGCAAACCGACAGGGUAUCCAACAAUAAUGCUGUUCCACGUGCGCACGUUAGAUCUGGGAGUGCUGGGAAUUGGGGGAGUGUUACCCGUAGUAGCAAUCUAGCUGGUGUGCCCUCAUACCCGCAGGCCUCCGGGGCCGGAGGAGAAUCUAAUUCUCCAUGGGCGUCUGGUGACCUCAUGGUCGGAACCAGACUCGGAGAAAAUUGGAUGUAA